AUGGAGCGAUUGGCAUCGGUGAGCCAGGAGAUCGCCAAGGCGUGCGGGCAUUUAGUACGCAUUGAUGUGGUCCGUACGAUGAAGGACGAGAGUCCACAUAAGCCAUUAUUGGCAUAUUUAGAUGCCACCGCCAUUCAAAAGCAUGUGGCACCGUGGCAGCAGAUUAUGAUGUUUUUUGCACGAACCCAGAUUGAACAUGAUUGGGAAUCACCCAAGUAUUCAUUUACCCCCCGACAGCAGCAGUUAUGGGAUGCCGUGUGGCGCCAUGCCCAGGCCCAGGCCAGUUGUCCCGACCCCGAGGAUGAUGAGCCCGAGCCAUUCGAGAUUCGUCCCAUCGAGCAUGCAUUAUUAACGUUUUGCAUCGAUUUAUUACGCCAGAAGAUCCGCAACGAUGAAUAUGGAUGUGCCAUGAUUUGUGCCACCGCCGUGAUUGGAUGCGGGCAGUUUGGUUGGGCCACGCCCGAGAAUUUCCCCCCCCCGGAUAUCCAGUUUGAUCAAGAUCGCGCGGUUUUUUAUUUUGCACAAAGCAUUGCGGUUAGACCCCCGGUCAUCGGAGAUCCGUCGUGGGUUCGCCGGGCAGCAGAACCCGCCAUGGUUUGA